GAGUUCAUGGCCAAAGAAGACAAACACUUUCAAAUGAAAUCAGAGCAACCUUAGUAGAUCAUGUCAUCAACCAUGGGCUGACAAUGCGUGAGGCUGGACAGAGAGUGCAGCCAAACUUGAGCCGUUUUAGUGUCGCCUCUGUCAUCCGGACCUUUAGACUGGAGAACAGGACUGAGAGACGACACCAUGGUGGAGGAAGGGGCCAAAUGUUCACCGGGGUACAGGAAGCUGCCAUUGUAAACUUGGUUUUGGAAAAUAAUGAAAUCAGAUUACGAGAAAUUCAAAGCCACAUCAUCCAAGACAACACCUUAUUCAACAACAUUCAGCGAGUUAGUCUGUCCACAUUGGCUCGCAUUCUCAAGCGAAACCAAAUCAGAAUGAAACAACUUUAUAAGGUGCCGUUUGAGAGAAACUCUCAAAGAAACAAAGAGUUCAGACGAGCAUAUGUGGAUGGAGUACUGGAAAUGGAUGCUCAUGCAAUCCCACAUGAGUUCAUCUUUAUAGAUGAGGCUGGGUUCAACCUAGCAAAGACCAGAAGAAGGGGGAGAAACCUCAUUGGCCACAGAGCCAUUAUAGAUGUUCCUGGCCAACAUGGUGGGAACAUCACAAUGUGCGCUGCCAUCUCCAAUAUGCAUGGUGUCCUCCACUGUCAUGCCAACGUUGGACCAUACAACACAGCCCAUAUUCUCACAUUUCUGGACAGACUUCACAACAUUCUCAUACCACCAGAGCGUAUGAAUGAUGCAGACCAUCAAAGAAACCGGUACGUUGUAGUAUGGGACAACGCCAUGGAAGAGGCAUGUGAUGAGAUUGAUGUGGGUGCAAUUCAGGGAUGGAUAAGGCACUCAAGACGCUUCUUCCCUCGAUGUCUGGCAAGGGAAGAUAUUGCCUGUGAUGUUGAUGAGGCGUUGUGGCCAGACCCGGCUGUGCGGCAAGAUGCUGCCUAA